GUUUCGUCGUCGUCGUCGCCGCCGCCGCCGCCGUCGUCGUCGACGUGAAUGCCUCUUCUCUACAACUGACGUUCCACGAAAUAUUCAACAACUCAAUCCGUCCGCAAUGAUUUUUUCGUGGGCAAACGUGAUAACAACAAUCAUCGUCGGCAUAGUGGCAGUGGGAAAGGCUGACGAGUGUAUUCCCCGUAUUUAUGGCCUCGGUAGAACCGUGUGCGUUUGCAAUUCCACUUAUUGCGAUUCCACACCGAGAGUGGUGCCGGAAAAGGGUUAUUAUCGAAUCUACGAAUCUGGCAAAGGUGGAAAACGGAUGGCAAGCAAACUCGGGUCUUUCGAAAAAUCUGCGAUUUUGUCAAAUCACAAGGAUGAAGUUAAAUUGACUCUCAACUAUGAUAUUAAAUACCAAAUGAUUUUUGGAUUUGGCGGAGCUUUUACGGAUUCGGCAUCCGAGCUCAUACUACGAUUGGACGAAGAAACUCAGCAGCGUUUGUUGGAAUCUUAUUUCGGCCAGAAUGGCAGCAGAUACAAUCUUGGCUACGUACCAAUUGGCAGCACAGAUUUUUCGAGGAGGGCUUACACUUACGAUGACGAGGAAGAUGAUCGUUUAGAAAACUUCAGGCUCCAGAACGAAGAUCUCAUGCUCAAAAUUCCUGUGAUACAAAAAGCCUCGCACGUAAAUGACCAACUUGAAUUUGUAUCCGCUGCUGAGUCUGCACCAGAAUGGAUGAAAACAGAACAUGACGAAUAUCAUGGAGGUUUUCUGAAGAAGAAAUAUUAUCAGACGUAUGCGGACUACUUGGUGAAAUUCCUCGAAGCCUACGAGAAGCAUGGUAUAAAAAUAUGGGCAAUAUCGCCGGGACAAGAGCCUAUUGAUCUUGGUGAAAUGAGUCCAUAUAAAUCAACAAUGAGUUGGUCAGGAAAGUCCGUGGCCAAUUGGAUUGCAAAGCACUUUGGACCGAGCAUCGCAGCUUCGGAAUUCAACGACACUAUUAUAUUAGUUGGGAACGAUGCGAGAAUGUACAUUCCUCAUUAUGUCAACGAAAUCUUCGAAAAUGAUCAGGCUUUUAGUUACGUAGCAGGCAUUGCGGUACACGCUGCAAUGGACUAUAUCGAAUCCCCAAUAUCGCUCGACAAACUUCAACAAAGAUAUCCCGAAAAAUUCCUCAUUGUCACGUCAAUGGCAGUAGGUUCCCUGCCUUGGCAACAGCCGAAAGUUUAUGCAGGCGAUUGGGCUCGUGGAGAAAAAUACAUUUUCAACAUCAUUGAAAAUUUGAAUCAUUCGAUUACCGGAUACAUCGACUCGAGUUUGGUGCUCGACAAAAUGGGAGGACCCAAUCGUGUAGGAAGUCGAACUGAUGCUGCGAUAUUCGUCGAUCUCGACAGACAAGAAUUUUACAAACAGCCGAUUUACUACGCUCUCGCCCAUUUCAGCAAAUUCAUCAGCCGAGGAUCGAUCAGAAUCGAUACAAAUACGAGCGAUGAUUUUGCCAACGUAGCCUUCCUCACUCCCGACGAGGAAACUGUGAUCGUCGUCUACAACGGAGAAUCUAGUGACACGACCCUUGUCAUUCAAGAUCCCAGCGCCGGAUACAUAAAAACGAAUAUCCCACCACAGUCGAUACAAACGAUAAUCUACAAACGUGAAUGAACAAGAAUCUCUCUUUCAACAAAAUUACGACGAUUUAAUUUCCAUCGGAAAUGCACUAAGACUCAGAUCUUCAGAUUUCAUCAUUCAACGAGUAAAUCCGCUCAUAUUUUCGUUUGAGGACUAUGUGGAAAAAUGUAACGAAUAAAAGACCUACAAACGAC